GCCGAGAGCGGCCCCGGCCAUGGCCACGGCACCGCCGGGCUCGGCCUCGGGGUUGCCCCCGGAGCUGGCCGCCGUGCCCAUGGUGGCGCUCAACUACGGCGUGCGGCGCCGCCUCGGCCUCUACCUCAACCCCCGCACCGCUGCGGCCGCCGACUGGACGGCGCUAGCCGAGGAGCUGGGUUGCGAAUACCUGGAGAUCCGGCGGCUGGAGGCGCUGCCCGACCCCACCGGGGCGCUGCUGGACGAGUGGCAGAGCCGCUGCCCCGGCGGGGCCACCGUGGGCCGCCUGCUCGAGCUCCUGCAGCGCCUGGAGCGCCACGACGUCUUGGUUGACCUGGCCGCCAGCGUGGAGGAGGACUGCAAGAAGUACUUGAAGAGGAAGCAGCAGCAAGCCGACCAGCCGCUGCAGGUGCCGGCGGUCGACAGCAGCGUGCCGAAGACGUCGGAGCUGAUGGGCAUCACCACCAGGGACGAUCCGUACGGGAACGGGACAGAGCUGUUUGACGCCUUCAUCUGCUACUGUCAGAAAGACCUUCAGUUUGUCCAGGAGAUGAUCAGAGAGCUGGAACAAACAGAGUUCAAACUGAAGCUCUGUGUCUUUGAUCGGGACGUCUUGCCAGGAACGUGCGUGUGGUCCAUCAGCGGAGAACUUAUAGAAAGGAGGUGUCGGAGGAUGGUGGUCGUCAUUUCAGAUGAUUACCUGGAAAGCGACGAAUGUGAUUUUCAGACCAAAUUUGCUCUUAGUCUUUCCCCAGGUGCUCGUCUCAAACGGCUGAUUCCAGUGAAGUGCAAAGCCAUGAAGAACGAGUUCCCGAGUAUCCUACGGUUCAUCACAAUCUGUGAUUACACCAAUCCUUGCACCAAAAAAUGGUUCUGGACAAGACUGGCAAAAUCCCUCAUGCUGCCGUGAUGCAAAGUGACGAGUGCUGGCUGCUCUUUUUUAAUUUAUCCUGCCUGUGCCUUCGGCCCACAGUGUCGAUCACACGGUGCCUUUUACCACUGCAGAACUUGGAUCCUCACAGUAUUUGGAGCCUGCGACUGGGAACAAAGAAUUUUCUCUUUUUUUUUACCUUGUAAGGGGAGAUAAAGGAACUGCCCGGGUGUUCCUGUUCGAGUCAGUGAGAACAGCGUCCAGCAUUUCGUGUAGUAAGAACUUUCACUGGAGGUACAGGAAAUACACAUUGAAAAACGGAGUCACUAACAUGGGAAGGCCAAUUGUAAGCGUUUGAUGAGACCUGGGAACAUCAAAUGCUGGUAGAAGAUAGGAAAUGAUACAAGCCUCAAACUGCAGGCUUUUUUAAACAGAAUUAUCAUGCCGUUUUAAAAGCUCUCUAAGGGCUAUAGUAACAUUUAGGGUUGGUGUCUUUUUAACAUGUCCAUGAAAUCCCACAGCUGCUCGGUGAUCUGCAGGAGGGGAGGCUUUGGGCUCCGGUUCCCAGUUUGGGAAUGGCCAGCACCAGCAGAAUCACCGAUUUUGGCACCAGAAUUGACCACAUCUUCUGGUCAUGCUUUCAUCCUUAAGCUCUAUCACAGGAUUCCCGUUCCGUGUUCACUUCCAGCGUAAAUCCCUUGGCACUAGCACUUCCUGAGGUGGUUCCUCAGAUUUGACAGAAGUGAUUCUUUUUUCUUUGCUUAUCGAAGCGAGAGCCGUAAGGAAGGACACACUCUUGCAGCGGGUCUGCCUGUGUCCAGGUGACGUGAUGGAGUAGCGUGUCUUACACCAGGAUUUUAUAUUCCCAGACCUUGUUAAAUGUUCACAACAGCCACACGUUAUUAGAGAAUCGGCUGUUAAAUCUGUAUUGUCAGGGGAAGGCCUUGCUACACAAAGUGCAGGAUGCUUUUGCUCACUGACAUGAAGAGGAACAGAGCUGGGCACCUACGUGGGUCCGGCUCUUAAACUGUGUGACCUUUAAGAGCCUGCCAGAAGUACAUCAGCUUCUGGGAUGCCUCAGAGGCACAGGGAUAAAUAUCAAAUAAAAAGUGUACUGAAAUAUAGAUCGGGCUGUUUAUGUUAUAAAAGAAAAUGUUCCCUUAAUAGGAAAGAGCAUAUUUGAAUUAACCAGCAGAGUCACUAAUGUGUGGGCAAGAAUUCUGCCCCAAGUAGUGUUUUCAAGUGCCCUAUGGGUAUAUUGAACAGAUUUUCUGUAAACAUUGACCCACUAAAUUGGGAAGAGGGAAUCUUGCUUAUGUAUCUGCAGUUGCUUGAACUCUGCCACUUUGUUCCUUACCCCAGCCCCUGACUCAUGUUGAUUUUACAGCUUAAUGGUUUACUAGUUUCCAUUUUUAAAGGUGGAUGUGAUUUUUUUUUUUUAAAGAUAUGUUUUAAAGCAUUACCAGGCUGAGUUCUUCAGACAGGAAUGUGCACAAGUCUUUUCCUCGCCCACGC